ACACCACGGCCGUAGAAUAGCACAACAAAUGCUAUUGAUUUAAAGUUACAUCCCUGUACCCUCAGAGUGACAUUUGGGGGUAGCCGAAGAUGCUUAUUAACCAUCGUGGCGAAAAGUGAUUUAUAAACAAAUAACAAAAUACUCAUACGAUCAGAUAUCGUACAAAAUUAAGGGUUGUAUACAUGUUUGAGGGACCUAUAAAAGUUAGGUUAUGUCAAUGAAGUGUUUAUAAAUUACAGCAGAGACAUGUCAAGUUUAGCUACGAACGCGCCUACAUCUGCCGAUGCUUGUCUAAGUAUCGUUCACAGCUUAAUGUGCCACAGGCAAGGGGGCGAAAGUGAAGGAUUUGCUAAAAGGGCAAUCGAAUCCCUCGUGAAGAAGUUGAAGGAAAAACGGGACGAACUUGAUUCACUAAUUACAGCAAUAACUACAAACGGAGCUCAUCCCAGUAAGUGUGUAACAAUACAAAGAACAUUAGAUGGCCGUUUACAGGUCGCAGGACGUAAGGGAUUUCCCCAUGUGAUUUACGCUCGCAUCUGGAGAUGGCCUGAUCUUCAUAAGAAUGAACUGAAGCAUGUAAAAUAUUGUCAGUUUGCGUUUGAUUUAAAAUGUGAUUCCGUUUGUGUAAAUCCAUAUCAUUAUGAACGUGUUGUCUCACCCGGUAUAGAUCUAUCAGGUUUGACAUUGCAGUCUGGGCCAUCGCGACUCGUUAAAGAUGAGUACACGGCCGGAGCACCUGUGCCAGGUAAUAGUAUGGAAGUCGAUGGCGAAAUUGGAGUUACACAGACUAUCCAACAUCAUCCUCCGCAACAAAACUUUAAUCUUGCCAAUAUACAACAAACCCCAGUAGGAGAGCCAUCUCUUUAUAAUACAACGAACAGACCUUUGUUGGGACCUUCUCCAACAGUUCCUAAACUUGAAACUGGGCCUGACACUUGUUCGAGAGCUAACUGGUUGCCUUCUCGAAUUCAUCUACCCCUUCCGCCUAUGCCUGUACCUAUUCAUCAACAUACACUACCUGGUAACAAUCAGACGCAAGUGUCGUCGGGGACGUUACCUCCGCAACAACCGCCAGGAAAUCCAGGAACACCUCUACAUGUAACUGCGCAACCACAUAAUACUCAAGGACAGUUUUUUAGUCCUACACAAAAUUCUGGUCAAGUUACAGAUAGAAGUGCAACAGAUGCGUUACCUCAAUCAUUAGGUGGUAGUAGUUCACCUGUAUCACCUCAUCUUCAUCAAAAUGGCUUUAGUAACACAGCCGGCAAUAAUAUUGCAUCUAGCAAUAACAGUCAGGUUGCUGCUACGCAACCUACUGCUAGUAUAGGACAAAGUUAUACUGGUGCACAAGGAAUGUGGACUGGCUCUAACACGUUAACAUAUACACAAUCAAUGCAGCCCCCAGAUAACAGAUCUCAUUCCUCUCCGUAUUGGAACCAUAAUAAUCAACUUGGAAAUGAUAUCAGUAUUAGUGGCGGUCUACUCUCAAAUCAACCUGCACCCGAAUAUUGGUGUUCGGUGGCUUAUUUUGAGUUAGACACUCAAGUGGGAGAGACGUUUAAAGUUCCUUCAAGUUGUCCCAAUGUAACCAUCGAUGGAUACGUAGACCCAUCCGGGGGAAAUCGUUUUUGCCUCGGAGCUCUUAGCAAUGUCCACAGAACUGAGCAAAGCGAAAGAGCAAGGUUACAUAUUGGUAAAGGUGUUCAAUUGGAUUUAAGAGGGGAAGGAGAUGUUUGGUUACGUUGCUUAAGCGAUCAUUCAGUUUUUGUUCAAAGUUAUUAUUUAGAUCGAGAAGCCGGACGUGCACCUGGUGAUGCGGUACAUAAGAUUUAUCCGUCGGCAUAUAUAAAGGUGUUUGACUUACGACAAUGCCAUCACCAAAUGACAACACAGGCAGCAACAGCGCAGGCCGCGGCAGCCGCGCAAGCCGCCGCAGUCGCAGGUCACAUUCCCGGUCCGCAUUCCGUCGGAGGAAUCGCUCCCGCAAUAAGUUUGUCCGCCGCGACCGGUAUCGGGGUGGACGAUUUAAGACGCCUCUGUAUUUUGCGUCUUAGCUUUGUUAAAGGUUGGGGACCAGAUUAUCCGCGACAAUCGAUUAAAGAAACACCAUGUUGGAUCGAAGUUCACCUGCAUAGAGCCUUACAAUUGUUGGACGAAGUCUUGCAUACAAUGCCCAUCGAUGGCCCACGAGGUACUCUAUAAGGAUUGAUAUGAAACGAUGUUCAUGCUGCAUUUUCGUUUGAUAUUUUAAGCAACAGCAUGACAACAGAUAAAAUUACUUCAAAUGAUAUUUGGAACAAUCGCAGAAUCUCUUUUUAUUCUUUAUGUCUUAAUACAUCACUGUGUUAAAACAUUUGGAGUGUCUUUCAUCUGUGAUGUCGAUAAAUCUGCGUCCAAUCGUAUUGAUACUUUAUUUAUUGAUCUGACAUUUUUCUUGGUAGCUUUCUUUUUCGUACUGUAAUAUUAUCGGUUGUAUGUCUUGUGUAUUAAUUUUUUUUAUAUUGUGUGUAUUUGUUGAAUUUGCUAUUUUUCAUUUGAGUUUUGUCUUAUAUAUUUAUAUCAUUAGUGCCAUUUAAUUGUUUACAAUAGUGAGGUGUUGACAUAAGGAUGCGGAUUAGGUUAAUUAAGGCGGAACUAAUAAUGGACAGCACAUUAUUGUUGAGUUCCUCCAUAAUCUACUUGCGUGGAUUAUUGUAUAACUCAUUUGAAAGGGAUUUGGUGAAUACUACAAAUUACAAUCGUGAAAGCAAAGAUUCACUUAGUGUGUGCACAGUUUGAAAAAGUAAACAAAACCUCCAACCAUUCAUUUCUGCACAUACAAUUCAUUUUUUUUUUCAAGAUUCACCUUUCUAACUGCUUAUGUCUAGCACUCUCGCUUGUGUUUUGUGACCUUCUGCAAAAAAACUUGUAUUAAUUUAGUUUUAAUACUUGCUGACAAAUGACAAAAAUAACCUAAUCUGUUUUGUGAUAGAAUCUGUAUUGAUUUUUUUUUACGUAUUAUAUAUAGGUUGUUUAUAUUUGUUGCGCUUUUAGAUCACUUCAUUAAUUAAAUUGUAUCGUUUCCGUUAUUUGGUACUUUAGAAGAAAAUUUCAUUUCGUAUUAUAAUAAUUAUUUUCAGGAAACAUAAAUUAGGCUGUGAAAAAAUUAAGUAUAGUAAGGGCGUGCGUUUCUAAGCAACAAUAAAUUGUGAGUAUUGAUAAUAUAGUUAUACAAAGAAAUUCUCUUUAGUUUUUAACUUUUAUGUAAAUAAUUUAUGUGUUAAAUUAUCAAAUAUAAAAUGUGAAAACGGAGAUACAAAACUUUCAUUCUAAAAUGGUCCCAAUAUAGCAAUGGCCUAGCCAUUAUUUGAUUUGCAGCGACAACCAUUUGUGAACUUGCCAUGUUUUGUGCUAAUACAGUGCAGAAACGUUUUGUGGUUUCAUAGGGGUCUGGAAUAUCUCGGAUUUUAUUUUUGGUAGUCUUUCUUUUUUGUUGGGUUUUGUAAAAACCAAAACAGUAUUUGCAACGGAACUAGCAAGUGCCAUUUGUGCCACCACAUUCAUGUUAUUGUACGUAAUUGAUUAAAAUUUUAAUUUAAAAGAUACUAUUUUGUUUUUGUAAUAUA